GAAAUCUACAAGCAGAAAUAUGUACUAAAAUUUAGUAGUUUUGUAGAUCCUUUGGUAAAUGUUCUGUGUUUUUAUAUGUGGCGAUGACGGAUUAAGAAAAUUUGGUGAAAAUGUCGGGAAAAACCUAUCCAGUCGACAAAUUAGUGCGUGUAGGUUAUUAUGAACUUGAAAAAACUAUAGGAAAAGGCAAUUUCGCCGUAGUCAAACUGGCCACUCACAUUGUCACACGAACCAAGGUGGCCAUAAAAAUAAUCGAUAAGACUGUCCUAGACGAAGAAAAUUUGACAAAGAUAUUUCGAGAGACUGCUAUAUUGAAGAAACUGAAACACCCCCAUAUCACAAGGCUAUACCAGCUUAUGGAAACGAAUCAAACCAUAUAUAUGGUCACUGAAUAUGCCAGCAAAGGGGAGAUAUUCGAUCAUUUGGUAGCCAAGGGUCGAAUGUCGGAACCAGAAGCCAAAAGGAUAUUCAACCAGAUUGUAUCUGCCGUAAGCUAUUGCCACUCUCAGGGGGUAGUUCAUAGAGAUUUAAAGGCUGAAAAUUUACUCUUAGAUCAUAACCUUAAUAUCAAAUUGGCUGAUUUUGGAUUUAGCAAUCAAUUCACUACGGGUUGUUUGCUGUCUACAUUUUGCGGUUCACCACCUUAUGCGGCCCCAGAACUAUUCCAAGGCCUCAAAUACGACGGGCCUAAGGCAGACAUUUGGAGUUUAGGUGUAGUUCUUUACGUUUUGGUUUGUGGUUCCCUUCCAUUCGAUGGUCCAACGUUAAAUGCCUUAAGAAAUGUAGUGAUAGAAGGAAAAUUCCGGAUACCUUACUUUAUGUCACAAGAUUGUGAACAUUUAAUAAGGCACAUGCUGGUAGUAGACUCCGAUAAAAGACUGACAAUUGUGCAAAUCCUAAAGCAUCGGUGGCUAGCCGACGCGCCACCCGUCGAAGACAUAAUUUCCGAAAAAGACCUCCAAUUAAAUAAGACCGUGAUCGACCACAUGUUGCAACUACCAAAUCUCAACCAAAACAUGAUCGUGCAGAGUUUAAAGAGCAACUCGUUCGAUCAUAUUUACGCCAUCUACAAUUUGUUGUUAGAUAAAUUGCACCAAAAGACCAUCAAUUUCCAGUCGAAGGUUUUGGAGCAGAGACGGGUGGACAACCAGCAGAGAUCUGAAGAACAAAAUAUUAGCGAAGACCAACUGUAUGGCAAACCGUCAAAAAUCAAUGAAAGAAGCGAAUCUUUCAACGAAAAUAGAUUAGUUACCCAAUUGGCGGGCGGUUCGGACGGUCUAAACGUUAAACAAGACACCCAGGAACCGUUUAACUACAGAAGGGAAAGCUUCAACGAGAACUGUUUGAGAGAGAUGGGAGACGAAAUGAACGAUCCAUUGAAGUGUUCGAAUGAAGGAGCUUCCGAUGAGGUUGGAUCUCCUUUUGUUUCUAUGCCCACUAUUCCUGCUGUUUAUUUAGUCGGGGAAGGGGAUAGUCAGCCAUUAGAAAAGUAUGGAGAAGUGGAUAUGGAUACCAACGAUGAUAAUUAUUCAAUGGCUGUUGCUUCCACGGCGUCUACAUCUACUGGAUAUAGUAGCUAUAAUUCUUCAGGUGAUAAAUAUUUGACUGUCAGAAGGCACACUGUCGGGCCGGGUGAUCCUGCUCACGAACAGGUGUUAGAAACUCAUUACAUGGCUCAUCCACAAGAUCCAAACGGUGCUAGGCUGCAUCCUAAUACUAAUCUUCCUCUAAAUUUGACUACUUCGGCACAACAGAAUCCACAUUAUUAUAGCGGAAAGGAUCCGCAUUUACUGAAACCUCCUGUAGUGUUGAGCGCUGCUGGAGGUUUUGGGAGAAGAGCCUCAGAUGGUGGUGCGAAUUUGCACAUGGCUUGGGGCGGUCCUGGCUCUCACGAACAGUUAUCGAUGAUGUCGACUAGCUCCAGUGGUAAUCCAAGUUUAAGUAGCAGCGGUACUGGUACACAACCUCUGGAGCACGCCCAUGGUUUGGACGAAUUGGCAGUAGCAAGGUACAUGCAAAGUCGAGGAAACACAAAAAGACAUACAAUGGCCAAUCCGGAAGACGUCCACACAAUACAUUCAGCUCCAUCUACAGGUACCAGAGUUAGACGUACUGGUUUACUUACUGUCACGGAGCGUCCAGUAAUCCCACCCGAGGUCGUGAUGGAAGUAGAAGCACGCAUGAAUCGCAACUAUAUGCCCCCAAAUUUGCCUACACGCAAACACUCCAGGCACAAACCUCCCUUGCCUACGGUACAAGAAUUACAAGGAAGAGAACAAAAAUCAUUAGACAGGUUUUCACCGGUGAGAAGGGGCAGUGAAGGCUCUGCAAGCGGUUGUCGAACUUUAAGCCCUUCUACCCAAGAACAGAGACUGCAGAGGGGACUAUCUGCAAGAAAUAGUCCCCCAAGAUCUAUUCCAGGUUCACCAAUACACCAAAAAUUCAUGUCUGAUCAACCCCUACGCCACCACAUGUCAGAAUGCACAUCGCCAGUACACCAAUUCUAUCAAGGUCUCCCAGAAACAGUGACGAUGCAGGAUCUACAAAACUUUUCCCCAAGCCUAGACCCCACUUUGGGUCUUCCCCCCGAAAACUACCAGCAACACAGUUACGGUCCAGUUACGUACGAGGCCUCCAACCGCAGCCUCGCGUAUUCCUACGAUUCUCUUAACCGCAGUCCGUUGCAUUCUUCGCCUUAUACGACCACUAGUUUAACAUCACCGAUUGGACAGACUGUUUUCAGCCAGUCCAUGGGCAUGUAUUCCGGAAACAAUUCGCCGAUAUUGAAUCCUCAUCUAACUCCUAAUACUUCUCCUGUCUUCGGAGGAUAUGGACAGGCAUCGCAGGGCACCAGUGUGUCUUCUAUUACACAAGGUAUAAGUGGAUUAAACACAGCCAGUACGGGUUCAAUAACCCAAGGUAUCCCGUCCAGUAAUCUUCAUCUGGAGAUGCGCAACCAACAACUUAUUGAUGACAGCAAGAUGGACACUUUCACACCGAAUCUGCCUUACAUCGGCGGCCAAGCGCCUCCUCAAAACUACCUACACAUCCUUAAUAUUCACGGACACCGCAGCCUUACUAAUUCUCCAAUUAGCAACCCGGGAAGUCCUGGAUUAGAUAUGAUCCAAGAGGAAAUACCUGUCCAGAGUUCUCCGAAGAUUGAGCAAGGACAUCCACAAAUUUCUGUUACAGACGUUUUGGGAAGUGAAGUAACGUUAGUUGCCGGAUCGGACACUUCCGAAGACUCGAUGGACAGUUUAGACAACCAAAGACUGCAGAAGAUUCCGCAGUUCAUCAUAUCCGAACCAGCCGACAAUUCUCCGUCGAUAACUCGCGGCAUCGGCCGCAAAACUAGUCAGGAAAACGAAACAAAAAAACAAGAAAUAGAAGCUCAAAUCGUCGGUGCCAGCGGCGAAGAGUUUUUUCCAAGGAGAAACUCUGAUAAAAGUUCCUGUUACUCGGACGAUUCACUCUCGAAUGACAGUUUGAGUAUUGGAAACCAAAGUCCUAGUUCGAGCUCCAAUACGCAGUCUAGUCACGCAUUCGAUAGUGACAUAAGACACAGACCCAUAGAUACUUAUGCCAUCGACCAAGAACUGAAAAACGCGCAAGGCACCGAAAACUUUCAAAACUUUCAGAUCUUUCAGAACCUUAAGAUGAACGCCAUGAAUUGGGAAAAACCUGUGGAAAGUAAUUCGGAUGCCUCGAGCCUCCUCUGCCAGGUCCCCAUAGAAUCGAAUCUGCACAAAAACUCCGGCUCCUUUGAGUUCGAACUAUCCGAAGUCUGCUCCAAAUUACAGUCCACCGAUAUCCUAGAAAUGGUCAAAAAGACCAUCAACGAUCAAAUCCCGCCCAAAACGUGUCUCAGCUCGGAGGAACUGAGCGAUAGGCUCAGCCUGGAGUACGAGGGCGGGCUUCAGAUCGAACUGAAGAUCGUCGAUAAGCCGAGAGGCGACUCAAAAGGACUUAAGAUGAGGCGGAUAUCGGGCGAUCAUUUGGUGUACAACCAGGUGUGCCAGCAGCUCAUCUCCUGCAUGACUGUUUCCUAGCAUUUAAAGUAAUUUUUCUGUUAUUGUAUUUUUUGUUUUGUUUCCGUGGUCAUGAUCCGAAUGAUUGUGAUUAGAUAUUUGAGAGUGGAUUUGAAAAUUCCACGUGGAUAGACACAAGAGGUAAAGAAUCGAGCGUUUUUCCAGAAGGUGGGACUCUGUAACUAGACUCACUAUUAAAUGAUAAAGUUUCAUGAGUAACGAUUUAUAUUUAGGUCAAAGUGGCCAUUAAAUAUAAAUAUUCAGGAUUGAGAAUAAUUUUUGACUAAACAAUAUUAAAAAAUUGUUUUCCCAAGUUUUUAUACCUAUAUGCUGUUCAGUUUCCUUUUAAAUCCAGGGUGGCUAAACAAAUUGACACAAUUCACUGUGUAUAAUAUUAAUUAAUAUUUUUUCGAGUUCAUGUGCUUUGACAUGUCAUUUUUAUCAUAAGUGACAUUCUAUUUGGUGAUAAUUUUGAAGUUUUAGCACUAGUAUAUUGAAAUAAAAUGCUGUUUAUAAUAUUUUAACUAUUUAACUAAAAUUAAACACAAAAAUUAUGUUUCAUUUGCUGAUUUAAUUUAUAUUAUAUUAAAAUCACGAUGAAAGACAAUUAUUAUAGGUGUUUCAACUUCCCUAAAAUCCCAUAUAAAAACAAAAGACGAUAUGGCACCAAACACAACGUAGUUCCAAAAAAUCCACCAGAGGUCGUUAGAAGGUGAGGUAACCGUUUGACCAUUAGAAGAGAUAGAUAUAAUAUAUUUUAACAUCAACAUGUAUCCAACUUUAAGAUCUGGCCAUUAGAUGAUUAAUAAUAAUAAUAAUAAUAAUAAUAAUACUCUCCCUAAUUCACCCACUGACGAGUGAAUGUCAACCCCUGAAGCCAACAGAGUGACUUGUGUAGGGGAAGGGACGGUAUUUAUUAUUAUUAUUAUUUCCCGUGGCGCUCCGUGAGGAAAACCUCACCCACCAUCAUUGGUCAAUCAUUUGACUUAUACUAAUGUUCACGGAGCAUGACAUCUACAGGGUGUCCAGAAAUUAGACGGUCAUAUUUUAACAGCAUAAUCUACAUCUUAAAAUAGGAGUAAAAGUUAGGCCCGAAAACAUUUCUUUUCCGAGAUACAAAUUAUAAUUUGUAGUGAAGUCCUGAUGACACUCUUUUGUAAAUAUUUUCUAAACGCUCAAAGAUAACUAAGUGAAAUUUGGUACAAAUUCUUACCUUUUUACGCUCUAGUUUAUUUUUUUGACAGUUUUUAACAUUUUUGACUAUAAAAUUUGAAAAACCAAUGUUUUCUUUACAAUAAAGUUACUUUUGUUGCAUCUCGCUAGGACGUACCAUUUUCAAGAAAAAAGCAUUUGAAAAUUUCAUGAUAAGUUAUUCGAAAGUGUAAACAAUAAUUAGUAGGCCUGUGAAAUCAGAAAUUUUAAUUUUUUUUUGCUUUGGAAAACCGGUGACUAAAGAAAUUUUAGAAAAUAUUUACAAAAAUGUGCCAUCAGGACUUCACUUGUAACACCCUGUAUUUCGAAAACGAAACGUUUUCGGACCUAUGUUUAUAUGAACUUUUAUUCCUAUUUUAAGAUGAAGAUUACGCUGUUAAAAUAUGACCGUCUAAUUUCGGGACACCCUGUAUUUACGAACAAAUAUAAUUGUAUUUUAUUUAUAACUCUAAUAGUAUUGCAAUAUUAUUUAUUGUUGUUAGUUUAAAGUAAUGUUUUUUUUUUCUUCAUUGUUGAGGUCUAGUUCUAGUUAUUGUUGAUCUUAGAUAUGAAUGAUGUACCUGGAUGUACUGAUAUCAAAUGUUAAUUUAGAUAUCAAAAGUAGAAGUUAACCAUGUAGAAAUAAAAUAAUAAAGACGCUAGUAAUUGCUGUUAUAAGGUAUUUUCAAUUUUUUAAGUGUGUCCAUUUUAUUAGAAUUAGCAGUUCGGCUGUUAAUACAUCAUCCGGAUAUAAUGUAAACACGAAUGGAAUGAUUGAUAAUAAUUUGUUCUUUUUUUACAUUUAUAAUGCAAGCUCUUGGCGAAUACUACUUGAAAAUACCUACCUUUCCUUCAUUUUUCUUUAUCAAUCUGUGUGUAGCUACACCUACAAACCUUUAUUUUGUAAUGAUUAAAGUAGUAUAAGCUAAUGAAUCUAUUGAAAAUAAUCCUCUGCGUAUAUAUAAUAAAAAGUUUAAUACAACAGUUAUUCAUUUAGGUAAUUAUGAUUUACAGAUUCAGCAUUUUUGAACCUACCCUUUACAUCAAUUUGCCUUCUAAGAACCACAUUUUAUUGCAAUUAGGAGAUCCCUCCAUGUGAAAGAGUUUAGGACUGGUAACAAAAUAAGCAUGUAUCAUUGGAAUGUGUUCAUUAGUUUUCUAAAAUAUGUCAAUUAUAAUUUAAUACCUACUCUUCUGUAAACAUAACAUCAAAAUGGCACUUAACACAUUUUUUCAAAAUCCAUUUGAACAAUAUUUACAAUUUUGUAGAAAAGAAUACACACUAUUUUCCUUAUUUAAUUAUUGUUGCCUCGUACACACUUUGUUUUGAUGAAAUAUAUGGGUGGUAUUAUAGGUAUGUGGUAGUAUUUUUUCUUCUCGUUGUUUUCACUUUUCAUUUCGUUUGUCACAUAGAGUAUGAUUAGUAGACAUUAAUAAAUUACCAUUAUUAAAAAAAAAAUGGAACUUUUUACUUGAUAAAGAUAGAAUUAACUGAAUUUUUUUGACAGUUCACAGUCAUUAUUUGUUUUCAUUUGCGGUACCUCUGGUGGAUUUUUUGUUUGGUGCCGUAUUUUAAAAAGAAUUGAAACACCUGUAAAAUGUCCUUCACCGGGAAUAAAAUGCGCUAUUUUGCCCUAACUUGUAACAUAAUUUCCUUCCACAAAACAUAAAACAAAAAUAUAGUUUUUGAUCACUUCAAUUUUUAUAAUCACGUAUUAUAAACUUGUAAUUUGAUUAGCACCGUGGUAACGAGUUUUUUGAUAAGAUUUUUUUAAUACUGGCUUUUUCGUAAUUCUUUUACGAAAAUAUACAAUAGAAACUAGUUACUUUUGAGUGUUUAAAAAAAUGUGCGAAAUUGGCACGUCCGGAUUUUUCGACUGAGCCAGCACUAGUUCUUGAAUCUAUUUUAUGAUGCAGAUAAUAUUCGCAGGACCGUGUUAGUUUGUCAUAAAUACAAAUAUAAUAAUUAUUCAGUAUUAGGCAUUUAAAUAUCGUUUAAAAGGUAUUCAUUAUAAUAAAAUUACGCCAUUAGUUUGUUAUUUAUUGAUUUUUAUAUCUUCUUGAACCAAAUCUAGCCGAUCUUUUUUAUAAUGUAAAUAAGUUUUAUUUAUGUAAUAUUACGUUACUUUACUGAUCAAUUUUGGCAUUGAGAAUUUAAUACUGAAUUCUUGUUGAAUAAUAAUGUGUUAAAAAUAUUUUAGACCUUGUCUUAUAGCUCAAAUAGAUACCCAUCUUUUGAUUGGUUAAAAUUUGAAUUAUUUAUUAAAUUCUCCAAUGAAAAUGUUUUAAAAUAUCAACAAUGUGGUCACCUUAAGAUGGAUCGAAGGUCUCGCCACAUCGAAAGGUAACCGUCUUGCUGAUUCACUAGCAAAGAAAGUAGCCAACCAAAUACUUUUUGGACCUGUCCCUUCUAUUGGCCUGACAAAAUCGGUAGUGACAGACCUAAUUAAAGAACAUUCCCUUGUGAAAUUCAAGGAAAGAUGGGAUGAAACAAGAAACUGCAGAGUUGCCAGGGAGCUCUUAAGUUAUCCUGACAGCACUGCAGCAAACAAAUACUUGACUAUGACUAGACAGAAUCUGCGCCUAGUCACAGGCAUUCUGACUGGUCAUUGCCAAGUACGGAAGCAUCUCCAUAUCAUGGGGUUGUCAGAAUCCGCACUCUGCAGAGGUUGUGAACAAAAAGAUGAGACCAUCGAGCAUAUACUUUACGAUUGCCCGACGCUCUCAUUUAUUAGAAGAUUUCUGUUCGGCGAGUAUGGGCUAACACCGGCCGAUAUAAGAGAAGCGCCUCUUGGCGACGUUGUCAACUACAUAAAAUCUGUAGGCUGGCUCACGAGCUAGGAGGUGCCUAUCAUCUCAGGAGGAUGCACAAUGGGCCUAAUAAGGCCUCAGUGCCAUGGGGAUAACCCACCCUCCACAUGUUACAGAUAUCUAAGGAAAAACGGAAAGCGACGUGGCAACGUUACAUUUUUAGGUAGACUGCGAAAAAGAACUUUGACUUUCAUAAUCACCCCUGGAUUUUAAAAGGAACUUAACGGCAAUUUAUUUUAAAACAACUAUUGUACAGAAAAUGCACACUAUGUCUAUACUUAGUUGAAAAAGAGUAAUCAACUCUAUAAUAUAUUCAUAUAUAAAUAAUCUUAUCAUUUUAUGCAGGCAAAUCAGAGCAGAUAAUGGAUUUUUUAUAACGGAAGAAAUGCUCAUGCUACAGACGAACAUAAAGAAUAUAGAAUCAAAAGUCAGACAUAGAAUAUUUUACAGGAGAAUUAUCGGACUUCUUUACAAAUUAACAUGCAACAAGUUGGUGAGCUGGUGACCAAAUAGGCAGUAGCUGUAGUUUCAUCAAGAUAGGCGUGUUUCUCACACAGAGUCCGUGAAUAAUUGAAUAACCAAUUUCUUAAUUGAUGGAUAACCUGCUAGAUAUCCGAAUUCGACUCCCAUGGAAUUUUUAUGGGAUAAAUAAAAAAACUGUUUAUUUAAACAGUAGGUUGUCAAUAUAAUGAACGACAUUGAAACAUAUCACUUUUGUAUUUGUGAAGAUUCAGGUCCGUAACAGAAAAAAUCAUGAUGCUGACGACAGAAAAUUAGUUUUUAAGCCUAAAGGAUGCGGAAUAAAAAAAAGUUUCAAAAUUUGUAAAAAAGUGAACCUGAUAAAAAACAUGUAGUUUUAUGGUUAUUGGUUACAGAAACACGAAACGUCUGAGAAAAAAAUUGAUAACGGCAAAAUAAAAAGAGUUAAAAAGAACCAAAUAACACUGGAACAAAAAUUCAUAACAGUUUUAGGUUUAAAUUUUAAAUGAUCAGGUAAAUAAAGUCUUAGAUCUGAAUUGAAUUCUUAAUUAAACACACUGUAUACCUUAAUUCGUUUAGUUGAUAGUUAUGGAGUCCCACGAGAAGAAAGAAAGAAACGUCUCUUUGAAUAAAACAAAUUUCUAUUGUUGACGGUGAAAGACAAGAAAUAUAGAAUUUUAUUGUUUCUAUUUAAUUUUUGUGAUUGUUUUUAUGAUGAUCUCUUUAGUUCUUUAGUCGAGCUGUAACGUGCUAAUAGUGGAAUCAAAAUAUUUUAGAACCCUUAUAGAUAGUUUAAAAAAAAAACUAUUUCAAACAUUUUUGAGGGAAUACGAAUGAUCUGUACAUUUUGAGGCUACUAACAAAAAAAUAUUUAUCCAAUUUUUUUUUUGGAAUCACUAAUCUUCAUUUUCUGAAAAAAGAUGUUGCUUUAAAAGUUAUUAAACAGGUAUUCAAGGGAAUUGAGAAAUUCUUUAUUAUAUAUAGAUCACUAUAAAUUAAAUAAUUCCCCAAAAAUGAUAUGAAUACUCAUCAAAUGAGACUGGGUUAAAAAAAAAAGUUCCACUGACAUUCUGUUUAAAUUUUUAUUUGCCAUAUUUUGUUUUUGACAUUCCAUAAUAUAAUACGUUUUAUUUUCGAAGAAUGAAUUUCGUUUAUGGUUACCAGUUAUAUGAGAUUUCUGAAAUGUUUUGAGUAAGAAAUAUUCGGUAAUAAGGAAGUUCUUAUUAUUCGAUAGACCUGGUGUUUCAGAAUAAGAUAUAAAACUAAGAUACUAAUUUUGGUCUUUAACUAACGAAUUCUAUUAACAAAAUUUAAUUUUAAAAUUACACAAGGUGUGUCAGAAAAAGUUCAGUGACGAUUUUUUCCAAACCUCAUCUUUUCCUAUGUACAGGGCGAUAAAGUGAAUAUUUAGCUUGCCUUCAAAUCACGGUAUUCUUUUCUGAAACGCCCUGUAUUUUUCUUAAAUUUUACGAAAUUGUUAAUUUUCCUAAUUAUGGUCUUUAAAAUUGUACUCUGAAAUCUCAUUUUAAAUAUAUGUAUUAAAUUAUUCAAAAUUUUGAAUCGCACUAUGUACUCAAUGGAAAAUGUACCUUCUGGGCGUGGAUGCUACAAGAUAAAAGUUGUUGGGAAAUAGAUUAACUAAUUUUUCACUUCCCAAAAAAAAUUGUAUUCUUGAAAGGACAGAAAGCCAAGUGAACGAAAAUAUGUGUUGAAAAUUAAUGCAGAGUUGUCAGAUUGUUGUAGAUAAUCCGACUAAUUAGACAUUCCAAACAAAACUGUUGGGUAUUGAUAUGGCAACCCUGUGGGUCUGGUGGAUUUGUCAGGGUCAAUGAUAUAGUUAUAUAGAUGGUGCAUCUAUGUUUUUGAAAAUAAACAAGUUUAUACCUUGAAGUAAAAAUAAAAAUUUGUUUUAAAACACAUUUUUGCUAAACCUAUUCUGACUAAUGAACAUUUGCGAGGCAAUCUGGCCGCUCGCAAUGCGACUCUCUUUUAGCAAUCUAUAUAACUUUAUUAUCAUUGACCCUGUCAAAGCCCACAUACAGCAAUUUUGACAGUUCAUUGGAAUGCCUAAUUAGAAACUACCAUAGGCGAGUUCGGUCAGUCAGGGGCUGGAGCGGGACAAAUUUUAGGGUGCUUUUAAAUGACAUUUAAGCGUGUUAAACUGUCACUAAUCGGACUAAACCGAACGCUAAAAGAGUCGUUUGGAGUUAAAAGUGUUAAAGGAGUUAAAGGAACGUGGCAAACCGAACGCAAUGCAUGGAGUGUAGAGGAACACUCCAUAAUAACUACAAUUUUGACAGAAAAUGAUACUAUUCACGGUGACAUUUGUACCAAUAUACUAAAAAAGAAAGUUAUUUAUGUCCAGAUAUCGAUUAUAUUA